GUGCGCAUCAGGUCAAAUUUAUACAAAAUUGAAUUAUUUUAGAUACUGAGAAAGCCAAAGCUCGGAUAUGUAUUUACGUAAGUUUUACCGAGUGAUCUGAAGUUCCUAAAGAAUAGUGUUUAGGCUUCUGUAUGGCAUCUUCUUGUUUUUUCAAUCUUGUGAUCAACGCCAACCUUGAUAUGCACAUCUGAAAGUCACGUGUGCUCAUCGUUUACUAUUUUCCACUUUGUCUAGAACCGAAGACAACAAACUCCGCCUUCAAGCCGAUACAAGGUCUUCCAUCGCAUAUUUAUCCUCCAAGCGUCACCCAAGCACAUUAACCCGAUUUAAUCAUAUUCGAUUGCUUUUACCAGGAACAUGCUUUCAUUUUGCCCAUACUGUUCGAACAUGCUUUUGAUCUCGCCUGGAGAUGACAAUUGCAACAGUCUUUACUGUCCAACUUGCCCCUAUGAAUUUCUGGUAGCUGGAAUUCAGAUGUACGACAGAAAGGUGCUACCCAGAAAGGAAGUUGACGAUGUGUUGGGUGGCGAAGGUGCUUGGGAUAACGUUGACCAAACAACUGCGCAGUGCCCUAUCGAUUCAUGUGGCAACGACAAAGCUUAUUUCUUCCAGUUGCAGAUCAGAUCCGCAGAUGAGCCAAUGACGACGUUUUACAAAUGUACCAAAUGUUCUCAUCAAUGGAGAGAGAAUUAAGUAUGUGCCAUCAAAUUUCGCCCCAUAUUGCAUCGUUUAGGUGUUGGU